AUGCCCCCUAGUCCAUGUACCUGCACAACAGAUGUCGCUGAUUUUAUAGAUUGCCCACAAGACUGGUUUGACCACAAUGACCGCUGUUAUCAUUUCGCCUUCAAUCCUCGCAAAACAUAUGUUGAGGCAAAAGAACUAUGUGAGGAAUAUGGGGCUGCAUUGCUGAGUGUGGAGACCGUGGCUGAGGAUGUCUUCAUCAAGAACUGGCUUAGUCAGAGAGAUCAGGCUAGGAAUCUGUGGUUUACAAGUGGUGUAUAUGUAGGAGAUGGGGUGUUUGUCUGGCAGAGUACUGGAGCCCUGAUUGAUCAUCUGAACUUCUGGAGUAGUCUGAAUGACAUGCUGAAAACAGGCUCCAACAUUGUCUACGGAUUCUCAGGAAGCAGACAAAGCUAUGGGUGGAUGAGAACAGAUGGCAGCAAUUACCUGAGCUAUAUUUGUGAGAUUUCAAGCAAAGAAGUGUACCAUAUCAUACAGGAGGACAGAGACUUCUGUACGUAUAUCAAUACACAGAGAUACUUGGGAAGACUAGACUUGUGUUCCUGGAGUGUGGGAGCCAAGGGGCUUCCCCAGCCAACCUAUGUAUGGACCAGGAAUUCCUCACAAGACAUAAUUACUGCCAACACUGACACCCGGUACACACUGACCAAUGGCCGUCUGUCAAUCCAGGACCCCACAGAGGGAAAAGAUGCUGGACGAUAUCAAUGUGAAGCUGAAAAUAGAUUUGGAAAAAUAAUCUCUGCUCCGGUCUUCCUGUCAUGGGCAUUCUUAGGAAGCUUCACCAAUGUCGACAGAGCCCCGACUCGCCCUGAUGAGUUUAGUGGUGCCAUAUUGGAAUGUCCAACAAUACAGAGUCGCUCUAAAGUGGGUAUUACGUAUCAGUGGAAGAGAGGUUUUGAAUUCAUUAUCACAGACCUGAACCCGUACAUAUUCAUAUCCCAGGAUGGGAAAUUGUAUUUCUCUGAGGUUACUCGCAGUGAUAAUGGUGACUGUUAUUGUAUCGCUACCCUCAGUAGUCCCAGUGGCUCACGAAACUACGUAGGUUCGGCACAGGUUCCUAGUCGCAUCAGCAGGGAGAUCAGUCUCGAUGUCAUACCUCAACCUAGCAGUGAGUCAGCAGUACAGCUACAGGACAGUUUUAUUCAGGUGUUCCCAAGGAUACCAAGAGCAGGACAGACACUCUCUCUGGAGUGUUUCGCGUACGGCUCUGGGACCCUUGAGUACACCUGGACUACACCUGGAAGACAAGAUGACCGCUUUUCUCUAUCGGACAGUAAUCGUGUCCUCACCAUCGCUGACUCCAGACUGACAGACUCUGGAACCUACAGUUGUACUGUAAGGAGCAGGAAAACGGACACAUUCGGCACAAGGACGUUUACACUCUCUAUAGAAGCUAAACCGUUCUUUACUCUCCCUCUAAAAAGUCAGCAUGUGGAUAUUGGUAAACAGCUGACAUGGCGCUGUGAGACUCGGUCAAGUCCUCCAGCUGUUUACACAUGGUACAAGAAUGGUCAGCCUCUUCUUAACACUUCUGAUUUCAUCGUCAUUCGCAACACCCUAGUUAUACCAACUCUGGAAAAGAAGCACAGUGGCAUGUAUCAGUGUGGGGCUAACAACAUCCACGGUACCACCAUGAGCUCUGCACAACUUCGGGUCCUUGAGUUCCCUCCAACCUUCAACAAGUCGCCCCUUCCCUCCACGAUGAUGGCAUCCAAGUCUGGAAAUGUGACAAUUCCCUGUAAACCAGAAGCAGCACCCUACCCGAAAUUUGUGUGGUUAUAUCGGGGCAAUGAAAUGAGUCUAUCUGAAGGAGAUACAACCUCGAGGAUUCGCAUGCUGGCCAACGGGAAUUUGUAUCUCACCCAACUGGUUGAUACAGAUGAAGGAGUGUACACUUGUAAGGUGGAGAAUGCAUUAGGUUCUGCCAUGAGUACCGCCUACCUAGAAAUACUUACCAGGACAUCCAUUAGUGUACCUCCAGUAAAUAGAGAGGUGAUCGUCAACAACACAGCAUUUAUACCCUGUCAGGCAUCAUUUGACCCGACCCUUGACCUCAUCUAUACCUGGCAACUCAACGGACAUGAUAUUGAUAUCCAACGUGACAACACCUAUCAGCUGGGUAGUAAUGGAAAAGGAGGUCUGUACAUCCGUAGUGCCCAGUUUCGUCACCAGGGGGAGUACACAUGCAUAGCUAAGACUACUGUGGACCAAGAUUUUGCCUCCAACAAAUUAACAGUACUCGGUCCACCAGGAGAACCAGCAGGAGUGUACAAUGAUAUAGCGAGUCCCCCGCCCAACCCUCGCACGGUCAGGAUCAAAUGGUCCGAUGGGAAGACCAAUGGCGGCCCCAUCACCUUCUACAUGAUUGAGUCCCAGACUAAUUACUCAUCUAAGUGGCACCUACAGACCAUGAAUGUGUCCCAGCCCAGUGCCGUAGUAGUUGGAAACUCCAACAAGCGAUCUGCUCUGGUGUAUAACCUCAAACCAGGUGUGGCCUACAGGUUUAGGGUCCUUGCUGUCAACCAGUAUGGCUUUGGUACUCCUAGUCUGCCUACAGAUUAUAAGACAGUACCUGGAGCUCCCCCUGAGGUACCCCCAGAGAAGGUUGGAGGUGGUGGGGGUAAAGUGGGAGAGCUUAGAAUUACCUGGAAGCCCCUGUCUCCUGAGGACCAGUACGGCUGGGGGAUAGGAUACCUGGUGGAGUGGAAACUACGACAAAUAGAUAUUGGUACCUCACGCUCUGUAUGGGCUCAGGCACAUGUUUAUGGCAACAAAAGUGAAUACUCGACCUCAGUUGGAGCAGAUUUAAACUACGUAGAGUAUGAAGUACGUGUGACACCAUUCAACAUGUUUGGGGAUGGAAAAGCCUCACUCACCUCAUUUGUCUACUCGGCUGAGGGAUUACCAGUCAGCGCCCCCACAAAGGUGUUUGCCAACAGUUACAAUAGUACAGCUAUCAGUGUCCACUGGACGCCAGUCAAAAACACCAUCCAGAGCAUGAAAGGCCGUCUCCGUGGUUACAAGGUAAACUACUGGCUAAGAGAAGGGGGAGACGAGAUGCAUGCUAUACAGGCCAUUUUCUAUGGAGACAUUGACCACGCUGUCAUCAUUGGUCUCCUGCCAGACACCUGGUACUAUUUCAACGUACAGGUGUUUAACACUGCAGGCAAUGGUCAGAAGAGUGAGAAGUACCCACAGGAGACUGACAGAUACCGCCCCAUGCUGUACCCAACAGAGGUCCAUGUCCACUCCCACGGGACAGAGUCGGCUAAGGUGACCUUCAGAGGGAUAUCUACCCAGGUGGAGGAGGAACCCCUAAGGGGCUACAAGAUAAAGUAUUGGGAAUCGUCGGAGAACAUUCGUCAGGCUAAAACUUUGGAUGUUGAAAAGGCCAAUGUAGGUAUCAUUUAUGGCCUAAGGAAAGGAAUCGUCUACAAACUCAGGGUGUUGGGGUACAGUCAAGGUGGUGAUGGGAAAAUGUCUUCACCAGCUACACUUUUCACAAUGGCCGGUGGCAGUAUACCUUAUGACCCGACAUCCACGGACAUCAUGGCCGCUGCCUCCAGCAUCUCUGUUUCUAUGACGAUCACUGUGAUUUGUACCAUAGCAUCUUUAUUAAUCUUCUUCAACUGAGUAUCACUGCUACUUAUUAGUAAUCUUUAUCACCAUUUAUAGUAUCAGUGUUACUAAUUAGUAAUCUUUAUCACCAUAGUAUCAGUGUUACUAAUUAGUAAUCUUUAUCACCAUAGUAUCAGUGUUACUAGUUAGUGAUCUUCAUUACCUGAGUAUCAGUGUUACUAAUUAGUGAUCUUCUUUACCUGGAGUAUAAUGAGUAUUGCUAGUUAUCAUUUGAGUACCUGUGUGUAUCGCUAGUGUUCUUAGUCAUUUGAGUAAUUGUUUUACCACAAGUGUUCUUUGUCAUUUGAGUAAUUGUUUUACCCCAAGUGUUCUUUGUCAUUUGAGUAAUUGUUUUACCACAAGUGUUCUUUGUCAUUUGAGUACCUGUGUGUACCACUAGUGUUCUUUGUCAUUUGAGUAAUUGUUUUACCACAAGUGUUCUUUGUCAUUUGAGUACCUGUGUGUACCACAAGUGUUCUUUGUCAUUUGAGUAAUUGUUUUACCACAAGUGUUCUUUGUCAUUUGAGUACCUGUGUGUACCACUAGUGUUCUUUGUCAUUUGAGUAAUUGUUUUACCACAAGUGUUCUUUGUCAUUUGAGUACCUGUGCGUACCACAAGUGUUCUUUGUCAUUUGAGUAAUUGUUUUACCACAAGUGUUCUUUGUCAUUUGAGUAAUUGUUUUACCCCAAGUGUUCUUUGUCAUUUGAGUAAUUGUUUUACCACAAGUGUUCUUAGUCAUUUGAGUACCUGUGUGUACCACAAGUGUUCUUUGUCAUUUGAGUAAUUGUUUUACCACAAGUGUUCUUUGUCAUUUGAGUACCUGUGUGUACCACUAGUGUUCUUUGUCAUUUGAGUAAUUGUUUUACCACAAGUGUUCUUUGUCAUUUGAGUACCUGUGUGUACCACUAGUGUUCUUUGUCAUUUGAGUAAUUGUUUUACCACAAGUGUUCUUUGUCAUUUGAGUACCUGUGUGUACCACUAGUGUUCUUUGUCAUUUGAGUAAUUGUUUUACCACAAGUGUUCUUUGUCAUUUGAGUACCUGUGUGUACCACUAGUGUUCUUUGUCAUUUGAGUAAUUGUUUUACCACAAGUGUUCUUUGUCAUUUGAGUACCUGUGUGUACCACUAGUGUUCUUUGUCAUUUGAGUAAUUGUUUUACCACAAGUGUUCUUUGUCAUUUGAGUACCUGUGUGUACCACUAGUGUUCUUUGUCAUUUGAGUAAUUGUUUUACCCCAAGUGUUCUUUGUCAUUUGAGUACCUGUGUGUACCACAAGUGUUCUUUGUCAUUUGAGUACCUGUGUGUACCACAAGUGUUCUUUGUCAUUUGAGUACCUGUGUGUACCAUUAUAUAUAGUGUUCUUUGCAAUUUGAGUACCUGUUUGUACCGCUAGUGUUCUGUGUUUGUCAUUAAGUAUUAAUACUCACCACCCCAUAAGUAUUGGUGCUAGUCAUAUUUUAAGUACUGUUGAGGUACCUUUUGUCUUAGAUGUCCUCAUGAUGUUAUUGUUGACACAGAUUAUUGUUGUAAGAAUACAAGGAUCAAUAUGUAACAGGAGUAGGGUAAGAGGUAGUGGGGCUUGUCUUUGUGAUAUGUCAUAAAGCUGACAGUAAUCCAGUACAUCAGAAAUUUAAGAUUCAUUUAAAAUCUGAAAUACUAGUCUGUGAUGUAAAAUAUUCUUUGACAGGUACAACUACUUAAACAUAAUAUACCAUGUCUGUUUAACUUAACUUUUGUUAUUCAUGGAGAUGGCAUUCUAGUCCCAUAUUAUUUAAGUCACUUGGUCUUCGUGUUGAAAGGAAUUGUUUGCCUGUUAUUAGAUGUAGUUUUACACUGUCCAUCAUUUUGUCUGUCCGUCCGUCCACACUUUAUAUUGUACUGGCUCUAGUUCCUACACCACUUGUCACUUGAGCAUCAUACAUAAGGGAUGGGUUCUCCUAGGUAAGACAGUUUAUUAUGUAUCGAAAGUUGGUCACUCCUACCUACAUGUACUUCAGAGAAAAAGUUUGUCCAGGCUGUAACUCCUUCACUACUUGUCAUUGGAACUUCAUACUUGGUUGGACAUGGGCCACCUAGUGUAUCAAAUGUAGGUUACGCUGACCUACAUUUUGACCUUUGACAUACUUCAGAGAAAAGUUAUCCAGGUGUGAUCUCUGCACAACUUACCACUGGAACUUCUUACAUGGGGCUUGGGAUCAUCUUAGUUUGGACAUGGGUUCACUUACAGUGUACUUCUCACAAUAUAUAGCCUACUAAAUUAGUGGUAUUCCUAAAUUAGUUCACAUUUAUACCAACAAAUGCAAUCUUUGAAUUAUUGAAUAUGGUGGUUUGAUCUGUCAGACAUUCUCAUUGUGUAGAUUAUUAAGUUCCUACACAAACUCGUCAUUUGUGUAAUAUUGGCGUAUAAUUUCACCUCCAGUGGAGGACUGGUAAAUCUUGUUUUUCUAGAUCUGUUUUUGCUAAGAUUUGAGCUAUACAUCCUUUUUGUUUGAACUUUUUCAAAGAAAAAAUUUAAACGGAAAAAAGGAGAUUUACAGAUGAUCUAUUACUUUUUACAUGUAGUACAAUUCCGCUUUUUGAUUAAUAUUUCCUAGUCACUGUACUUGUAUACAAUUAUUUGUAAUCAUUCAUAUCUUCAUUUAAUGACAAUGUCAAUGGUCCGUAGCUUCAUUGUAUGAUAUUAACAUCCAUGAAUGCCAUAACUUAUAUCAAAUGGAAGUGAUACAUACUUACACAUUCUAAGCUGAUAUGAAUUAUGUUAUAUUUUGCUUUGAUUAUAUAAUUUAAUAAGAUUUAUUCCUAUUUGAUAUUAUUACUGUACCUUUUUUUUGCAUUUAAGUUUUUUUUGCAUUUGUAUAUACAUGUAGCUGGUUUAAGCUUUUAUUUCAAAUAGUAUAGACUUAUGUAUUUAUUAGUCUGAAAAGCAAACUUUUAUUUUGCUUGUGUUCUUGCAUUUUAUAUACAAAGUUGUGAAUGUGUUGAUCAAUUAUGCGAUUCAAAGUGAUUUACAACAAAACUGAUCCAGCAGAAUGAACAAUGUAUCAGAUAGCAAUUUUCAAUCGGGUUUAAAGAAUGUUAAACUGUUCUGUACAGCGAGUCGCAGUUAAACUGUUCUGUACAGCGAGUCGCAGUUAAACUGUUCUGUACAGCGAGUCGCAGUUAAACUGUUCUGUACAGUGAGUCGCAGUAAGAUUCAAAUAUCAGCUCUGGUCUGAUGUAUUUUUCCUCUUUGAUCUUAUUCAGUGUUGACCAUUUUAAAUGUUUAUAAUUGUCAAAUUUCCACUCUUAAGUUUACAAAAUACUAGUCAUGGUUGACCAAACUCUUGACCUGGCAUUUAGAAUUUAGUAAUUAUGUCCAUGAUUCCUUUCAAUCCAUUGUACUUACUUACUUGUUUCUGCCAAGUCCUUUUUGUGUCGCCUUGAAAAGGUGACAUAUAGGUAUUACUAUGUCGGCGUCGGCAUCGGCGGCACAAUGAUUUCCGUCCAAUAACUUGAGUUCCCUUUGGCCAAUCAAACUCAAACUUCAUACAGUGCUUCCUUACCAAAAGUGCUUGCUUGAGAUUGCUUUUCAGGUUCAAAGGUCA